AUGAAACUCUCGGAACUCCGCUUGUCGUCGACGCUCCAUGGCUGGGAUCCGCUGCGCAUUGUAGCGCAGAUACUGGCGCUACAGACGAUUCAUUAUAUCCUUCUUGCCGCGUUUGUACCGCCUCUUCUUGCGAUCUUUACCGAAAAGGCGGCUCUGCGCUUCGAAGGAGGGCCUGCGCAGGUCGGUAUGAUGCUUGACUGGCGCGAAAUUGCCAGUCGGCCUACGUGGGACUGGGACUCUUGGGCGCAGCUUGUCGAUCUGUAUACGGGUUGGAAUACGACCGGGAAAAGCACGCCUAUGUGGACGCCGGCAGAAAGCGACGCGGUCGCCAACUGGACGGCAGGAUCGCUCUGGCUUCAAGUAGCGUUUGUCAAUGGAUCCAGCGUGCCGGAAGUGAUUCAGCCAAGCAUGUUCCAGUGGAACGAUACCUCCGAAAGCAUGGCGCAGACAGAUAUCAGCACCCCUACGCCGACGGCGGCCCCAUCACAGACGCUCUUCCAGCAAGAGCAGCAGCUUGAGCAGUGGGAAUGGCACCGCACACACGACGUACGACGUGGCUGGGCCAUCAGCGCAGCUUGGAUGCUGACCAUUUUCUUUGACGUGCAAGUAUUGUACUUUCUCAUACGCAAACCGACACACGUACUCGACUUUGUGUGCACGAUGCACCUCCUGCACCUGGUUAUCACGUCGCUGUAUGCAGGCUCGUUGCCAUUUUCCCUCUACUGGUGGAUGGUAAUGAGCAUCCACGCGAGUCUAUGUAUUCUUCUGGCCGAGCGUUGGGCCAUUCAGCGCGAAAUGCGCGUAGGCUUUUCGGAGCACGCAGUGCUAGAGGCGCAGGACGCCGAGGCAUACGAACUCGACACAGCACGGCGUGCGUAA